UUGGCUUGUUUAGGAAUUACGAGUCAGAGCCGAAGAACAAAAGUCAAAACCCUAGUCAUUUUUCUGCCCAUCAAUUGGUCUUCUUCCGUCUUCACCGAACCUAAAACUCUAAAAAUUUUCCACACCAUACCCACUUUCAUCACAGAAUGCUGUCCCAGAAUCCUAGCCACGCGGUUGCUGAUUUCGAGAGCUUACUAUUCCCUUUUGUCCAAUCCUUGGCGCUGGACACUGCUUUGCUCGCUCAGAAAUCUCUUCUCUCGCUUCUCUCUCUGAUUGGAUCACUGCCCGAUCAUUGUAAUACUUCUAUGGAUAUAAUAGGAAAAUAUCAGAGGUUUCCAGUGGCUGAACUUUUUAAAGUGAAAGAGCGUGCUGAAGAAAACAAGGACGCUAGUGAAACUGAAGAGAAUGAUUAUAGUGAAGGUGAUGAGGAUGAUCGUGAUACGGAUGAAGAUGAUGACUCGGAAGAAGAAAACGAUGAUGGGGAGGAUGAUUCUGAUGAUGAGGAUUCUGAUAAAAAUGAGGAUAGAAGUGAUGACGAAGAUGACAGCAGUGACGAAGAUGAUGAGGAUGAGGAUGACGAGGAUAGUGAUAGCAAUUAUAGUGAUGACGACGACGAAGAUGAAGAUGAGGAACCGCAACCUCCUUCCAAAAAGAAGAAAUGAGACAAACUUAUUUGAAAUUUUCUUGUUAUGGCUAGAUCUUUGUUAGAAUGGGGCAGAUAGGAAAUUGAUUGCCAUUAUUUUAUAAAUAGCUUUAGUUUAAAUAGAACUUCUUUUCUUUAACCCAUUGAAAUAGAAAGCCUCCCUUUUUUUCAUUUCCGGAUUACAUUUGGCUUGUGUUGGCUCUAAUGACAUAAUACAGAUAGUAAUACUCA